AUGCUAAAACUCAAUCACUCUCUAUUGGAUCCAAAUUUCGAGGGAUACAAAGUAUCCAUGGAAAAUUUUCCCAUCUUCAAGAAAAAUCUCGAAGAAAAAUGUGAGUUUUCCAUUUUUCUCUAACCUGACCUGACCUAAAUUUAAUUUCACAAUCAGGUUUCUCUCGAAAUCGUCCAAAUUCAAUGGUAACUUUACAACACAUGAAAAUAUUCGGAGAAGAAAAUCCGAUUUUUUCGAAUUUUGAGGCGAAAAAAUUGUAUCGAUUUUUGGAAAAUGGAGAUGUUCAGAUGAUUUUGUUUGAUCGAAUUGUGGGUUUUUUCGGGGAAUUUGAGAAAUAUUCAUUAAAUAAUUAAUUACAUAGUUAAUUACUCAUUUUCAGUCCUCAAUUUGGCUGAAAAUUUCGGAGUUUCAGAUGAGAAAAUCAAUAGAUUUUUCGAAUUUUCAUUAAUUUUUGCAAGUCUCAAAAUUUCAGCCAAAUUGAGGUCUGAAAAUUUGGGGAAAAUAUGUUUGAUGUGCAGGUCCCUGAAAAUCUAGCAAACAAAAAAAAUUAAUUUUUUACGAGAAAACAUUGUGACGUCAUCAAAAAUUUUUUUCUCAUAAAAAAUUCCCUAUUGCUCAUAUUAAUAUCAUAUUUUGUUUCAGCUCAAAACCUUCCAAACUUCCAUCAUUGCUCAUAUUAACCUCGGAUCUCCCGAUUCUCUUGGAUAUCCUCCAAAUCUCCAAUUCACUUCGCAUAACUUGAUUGUUGCCUCAAAUGGAAUUUCAGACAUUUUCGUAUUUUUGGAAUUGGAUGGGAAAGAAUGGCUUGAAAUGCUGAAAAUCGAGAUUUUGGCUGAAAAUUCUGAAAAUCCAGGAAUCUCUUUAAUUGAAGUGAGAACUGAUGAAAAACGAGAAAAUUUGCAUAUUUUGGCGGGAAAAUUGGAAAAUUGUGAGAAAACUGGAAAAUGGAGAACUAGAAUUUAUUGGAUUACUGUAGGAUUGGAAGGUUUGGUUAAUUAUUCUUAAUUAAUUACCCUAAUUAAUCACCUAAUUAUAUUUUCAGACCUCGAUUUGGCUGAAAAUUUGACUAUAAAAUCUCGCCGAGAAAUCCUUCAAUAUGGAAAUUUUGAGACGUGCACAAUUGAUGAAAAUUUGAAGAAUCUAUUGAUUUUCUCAUCUGAAACUCCCAAAUUUUCUGGAAAUUUGGAUGCUGAAAUUGAGAGUGAAAAGUCUAUGGAUUUUCAGCAAAAUGGAAGGAAAAUUGAAGUGAAUUUUGAGGUUUUGGACGAGAUUUUGGAGGAGAAUGUGAAGUUUAAUGUGAGUUUUUUUCUGAAAUUUCUGGAAAAUCUGAAAAUUCUAGUUUUCGAGCGGAAUUUCUCAUCAAAAAUGAUCCAAAUUCAAAUAUUUAAAAAAUUUAUUUUUCAAAAAUUCAUCAUAAAAUUUCCUCAAAAAUAGAUUACUGUAGAUUUUUGGCUCCAAAACUACGGUAAAUUGAAAAUCUCAUUUUUCGCGCUAAAAAUUGUACAGUACACCCGGAAAAUCCACGUGGUAGAUCAAAUUUUGGCGUCAACAAUACUCUACAGUAACCCAUGACUUAUUUUAACUUAAAAAAACGUGAAGUUUUGGCGCCAAAAACCUACAGUAACCCUAAGUAGAUCAACAAUUUCGCGCGUUUUUCCUUCAGAUCUCGAAAAAAUCGAUAUUCUUGGCUGUCAACAAUUCAAUUCUACUCGAAGGCACACUUUUUGGAGAAAUUGACGAAAAUUCGGUGGAAAUUUGUGCGGACCCAAAAAAUCACAAAAUUUCGCUGAAAAUUGAGAAAAUCGAGGAUUUGAAAUGGGAUGAAUUGCUGGAAAAAUCUGGAAAUUCCGAGAAGAAAAUUGAGAAAAAAGUGGGAUUUUCCUCAAUGAAAACUAAUUUUGGCUUGAAAAUUAUGGAUUUUUGCAGGGAUUUGGUCAGAAAAUCGAUAAAUCUGAAGAUGAAGAGAAAAUAUGCGGAGGAAUUGAUGAAUAUUCAGAAGAAUGUGAUGAAUCUGAAAAUGCGCAAUUUUUGUGGAUUUUAGAUGUGGAAAAGCUGAAAAUUCUGAAAAAUGUGAGCAAAAAUUGAAAUUUCAGCCAAAAUUCUGCUUAUUUUUAGCCAGACUUAGAUUAAACAGGAUUCUGGAAUUUCUGAUUUUCUGGAUAAUAAAAAAAUCUAAUUCACAUUCUGAAAUACCUGUCUGAAACUAGAAAUCUCAAAAUUUCAGCCAAAAUCUUGUUUUGACUGAAAUUUUGAGAUUUCUAAUUUUUGGCAGGAUUUCAGCGGAGAUGCGGAAGCUAUGCUCAAAUUUUGCUUGAAAAGGGGCGUGGCCUAAUUUGAAAAUAUUUGCAGUUUGAUCUCACUGGCCAUCAAAUCCUUUUCAUCCGCCGCGACAAUCUGAAACCCGCCGAAAUUUGUUUGCGAUUUGAUGUCGAUGGAAUAAUCUGGAAAUUUUCUGCCCAAAAUCCCGAACAUCUCGCAACUCUUCAAGCUUUCGGAUAUGUUCAAGCUUCAAAAAUUCAACGAAUUUGGUCGGGAUGUUCGGAUGAUUUUAAAUUUGGAGCAAUUGUUGAAGCAAAUCGCAUUUUGGUUUAUUCGCAAAAUGUGGCUGUUGAUGGAAGUAAGUUAGCCUAAUUUAAGUUAAAGUUAGCCUAAGUUCCCCCAAUUUUUCUUGCAGAUUUGGUAAAUCGGAAAACGAGCUCAAAAAAUCACACAUAUCUCCAAACAACAUCUGAUUCGACUUGA